AUGGCGGGCGAGGGGAUGGUGGCGGUGGUGCGCGGGCUACGGGACGCCGGGCUGGCCGUCACACUGCUCGACGUAACGGCGCCAGCGUCUACGCAGCGCCACCCAACGAACGCCAAUGCGUCUACGCAGCCGAUCCCGCGUAUAAUGUCGGAAAGUAGUACUGAGUCGGCGGCGCUCCACUGCGAUAGAGACGCCCAGGCUGUUGAUGGGAGAUAUGCUUCUAUGUACAAGACUAUGCAUUGCAACGUCCGUCCUACAUCACCUCCGGUUCAGUUAACUGAAUUCCCACCGCAGAGACCGGACCUCUGUCCAGGUCACGGUAACUUCCAAGUGGGUGGUAAUGGCAGUGGUGUGGUCAACCCUCACGGGAAACCGACCUCAUCAUCCGCGAGCUUCAGAGGAGGACUAUCAUGGCCAGAUAGAGGGUCUGUCUGCUCUGCUCGACCUUCGAUGGAGGUGGAUGCCUUCGCCAACUCCUUGAGGAAGUACCCCUGCCUCUCACCAGAGAGGUCUUCGGAAGUCAUGGAGAGACUUAUCAAUUAUCAAGGAAAGGGCUACUCAAAAACAUCAACCCGUAAUCAAGCCUCCCCUACCCGCAUAGACUCCUACCCAUGCUCCUACCAUACUCUAGAAUCCAAAGGCACAUACACAAAGAGCCCCCGUCUCUAUGACCAAGAGAUCACACCACGUAGGAGAAUGGAGGAGCCGACAAGAGAGAGAAAGAGAGAAGACUCUUACGAUAUAAGAAAUAUGAGGAAUUUCGAAGUGAGAUCUGUCAGAGAUAUGACGAGGAAGGGAAGGGAUAAUCCGUACUGCAAUCCCGCUUGCCCAACUAUCAAAGAAACCCAAGACUACCAGCCUAUCCCACAAGAAUAUCAAAAUAGUUCGAAUUCAGUGAAUAUGGAAAUUCAAGCUGCAGUAAAAAUGAUAUCCAAAGAAGUAGCCACCGUACAACGAGACAGACUCAUGAGAAAAACCGUAGCCGUCCCCGAGUCCCCUACCAUGUCAGCUACAGAAGACAACGUGGAAGAUAACUCUAUGUCAUACUUUAAAAAAGAAACUAUCCGAAGAGAAAAUACUAUAACAGAGCCAAUUAAUUGUAAAACAAAAAACCCGGACGAUGACUGUGACAUUUUCAACAUUAAGUGCAUACAAACUGCCUUUAGCAACGUUGAUAUAAGAACUACAAAAUAUUGUGAGAUUAGGAGCAAGUCGCAAGAAGAAUUGACAAAGAUUACACAAAAGCAGGAAGUCAUUAAAAGAAGAGAUCAUAGCGGAGACUUUGAGCCAGAUAUGACAGAAUGGUUUGAAAUCCACAGCGACAAAGUGAAAGUUAAACUAUGGGGAGAUAAGUUAAAGAAAUUAGCAGACAAGUUGAAAAGGCCAGGUGGCGAAGAGAAAAUCAGGAAUAAAAUUGAAAAGUACUUGAAGCAGGUACCUGAACAGUUUUCUGAUGGUGACGAUGAUAAACUGACAUUGAGGAAACAAUUGCCGAACGAUAUUAUACGGAAAUUGAAGAAAAUGAAGUCCUCACCUAUGGGCGCUAACAAUAUAAACGUGUAUAGAAUGGAACUAUCAAAAUAUUGCAGUAGGUUCAAGGUUGAAAACUUCAGGAAGGCAGUUCUAAAUUGGACUAAAACGUUAAAUAUCAAGAGAAAAGACUUCUUAGGGAGAAAUGUAAAGAAAGAAGACGUACUCAAAUACAUAGCUGAUAGAUUAGAACCCAUAGUAUUGGAUAGACCUCAGUCCGACGCAACAUAUAAAGCGGUAUUAAAAUCUAACAUCACAGAUAUGAUCAAAGAAUUGCCUUUAGUUCUAAAUACUCAUAACAACGAAUUUUACUUGAAUAAAAUCACAGAAAAUCUUGUCAACGACAUAUUUAAUAUAGAAACUAAAUUCCCUAGUACAUACAUACAGCCUACGAUAAAGGAAAUAAAAGAAUUUGUAAAAGAUGAAAUAACAUUUUUCUUGGAGAAAUCCCGUGUAGCUAUAAGCACUAAGAGGAUGGAAUACCUAGAAUUAGAACUAAUUGAUAUUUUGUUGGAUCUUGUGAAUGCCACUGACAUUGAUGAAUACGUUAUGGAGGAUAUUACAACACUUUUCAAAGUAGCAGGGAAGCUACCAGAAUACAAGGCGAAAUAUUUCACUAAUUUACUAUUAAAAGAUUAUAAAGAAUUCUUCUUUCGAGAGAGUUUCUUUCAAGUAAAAGGUAAUUCUGAUCAUGGAAGACCAGACGUUUACUCUGUUUUCCAUAAUUUAAAUGGUACAGAAAAUGCUAACGAAGAAAAUCACUUUAGUGAAUAUACACAACAUCUUAUUAACACAAUCAACAAGUGGAUUUCACAAUUAAAUAUUCUAAAUAAUGAGAAAAAGAUUAUUGAAGUAAUAGUAAGAGAUUUGGCCAAUGAUAUAGUAGACAGACAUAAAUUUUUACUCUUAAACCCUAACAACCAACCAACAGAUUUUGAAGAACUAGAAUAUUUGAAAUUCCUAGUAUUUAAAUGGACAAAUAAAUUGCUUGGUGAAAGAAACAUAACAAUCUUAGAACAUGCUGACCAAUUGAUGCAUGAAAUCAAAAACAUACCAAAACCCGUUAUGGAGAAUGCAUGCCCACAAUCGACCAUUACUCCUGAUACCGAUGGUCUUAAUGAUAAAAGUUAUACUGACACACAAACGGAACAAAUUUUAAAAUGGUAUCUAGACAUGCCAUCAGAACUUCAAUUAAAUGAAAAUAUAGAUCCUAUUGAAUCAAUCAAACAUCUCGUUGAAGAAAUCGAAAAUGGUCUCAGUAAUAGAGAAGAUGGAGUUAUUGACAAAGCAGUAACAAAGUGGAUUGAAACAGGUUUUAAGAAUAAAUUAAAUACUGAUAAAGUACAACAGUUAACAAGCAAACUCAAAAGUGUACCUUACACAAAAGAAAAUACAGUGAAAGAUCCUAAAAAUGAGAAGGUUCUGAUCAGGUCAUAUGAAGAUUUGGUAGACGACUGGAUAGACACAGUACCCUUAGAUCCCAAAAAAGUAGGAAUUUUCACAGACAACAAAAAUGAAAUAGUUCACGAUAUAGCCGUCAAGAUAAGUAAAAUAAAAACAAAAAUUAAGAAUACACCCCUAGAAGUCAUGCAAAGAAAAUUAUCACAAGAGUUGUCUUAUUGGUUAAAGAAAUUACCGUUGCAUGCCAAAGUAGACAAGGAAACGUUCAGAGAUAAAUACGCUGAGAAGUUGGUGCAGAAAUUACAAUUCUGUAAUGUAGAAGAGUCGUUAACUAAAGUACCGGUAAUGAAUAAUGUAACAUUUCAGAUUGAAGAAGUGUUGCUAGAAUGGCUAAAGAGACGACCAUUUUAUAAAAACAAAACAACUGAAGUCAGGAAACAUCAAGAAGAGAUAAUUAAAGAGUUAGGAAAUAAGAUAAAAGCUGGAGGAUAUAAAAAUCCUUAUCCUGAUGAAUAUGUUCUCGAGUGUAUAAAAAGACUAGAACCAAAACAAAACGAAGACAUAGUGCAGAACAUAGCUUGUCAAUUGAAAUUGUUCUUAGAUAAAUUUAACAUUAAAGAUUGUAACACAGAGUGCACGAAGAAAAAUAGUAUUUUAAAUAACAACAUUGAACUUUGGCUGAACAAGCUACCACUACAUGUGACUGACGAGAACGUAUUCAAAGAACAGAAAGCACAACUUAUUGAAAGUAUACAACUAUUGAAAACUUUAGGUUGUGACAGUUCCAUUAUGAAAAAAGAGAUAUUGAUUUUCAUGAAGUCACUACCUAUGAAUCGUGAAAAGAAAGAAGACAUACAUUUUAUGAACCAAGAAGCUUCAAAUCUUAUAGAACAUUUAAAAGAAAUGCCUGCUAAUCCUGUGACAGAAGAAAUAACGGAUGACAAGCCUAAAAAUGAAACAGGUGAUAUUAUCAAAGAAUGGGUCAAUUCCUUGCCAUUGAAAGCUGUAUACUGUCCGAGAGAACUCAAUUCCUUUUUAGACGAUAUGACUUCUGUAAUAAAUAGAAUUAUUUUAGACUCAAACACUACAGAACAACAUAAUGAAGAAUUACACAAAGAGAUAGUAAAAUUUUUAAGAAGGUUUCCGUUAGAGAGUGACCAAAAUACUGAGAAUCAUAUGACAACAAUGGCAGAAACACUCAUUAAAAGUCUGAACAAAAGUUUACCACCAAAUAAAACAUGUACUGAAACUAACGUCACCGUAUAUGCUCUGAAGAAUACCAAUUUAACUGCGUUUGGGCUCCCCAAUGUACAAGAUAGUGAUAUUAAUGAGAAUUCAAAGAUAUAUACUAAACAACUAACUAGUCAAAUAGGCGAAUGGUUAGCUAACUUAGGCUUAUCUACAGCGCUCAACGAUAGCUAUAGACAAGACGCUAUCAAAGAUUUGGCUGGAGAUAUUGUGGAUAGACAUAAAUAUCUAGAGCUAAACCCCAGUGCAAAAGAAAAUGAGUUAGAACAUUUAAAGUAUCAGAUCUUUAAAUGGAUUAACAAAUUAGUCGGUGAAGAUAAUCUUAAAACAAUUACACACGCUGAUGAUCUGAUGCAUAGAAUUAACAAAAUACCUGUACCAAUGUUAGUAAGACCUCAAGAUAAGAUCCAAGCACAAUCUGCUUUUUCUAACGCCAGAUACCGGUCCGAUGUAGAUUCCACGGUGGCUCGGCUUUCCUUAAGGGUAAAAAAUAGUAUUAAUACUACUACAAGCCCUAUAGAAAUGAAUCCAUGGCAACAAGUGUAUCUACAACAGGUUUAUAUAAAGACUGGCGAGGCAAGCUAUUCACCGCGUUCUGGAGUAUACCAGACAAAUAGUCCUACAAAUUUAUCUAACGCUUCACAUUCUCAUUCAUAUUCUUCAAGUUACUCGCAGUCCAGGCCACCUGACGAAGGCACCAAGGAAGCUGUUUACGAAAAAUAUCAAAAGAUUUUCAAAGAUAAAUGUAAUGCUUUGCCAAUUGACUCAUCAACUGCCGAGAAUGCCAAGCUAGCUGAAUUAGCAAAGACCGCAAUUUACAACGGAAUCAUUAAGACGUUUUUCAAUUUGAAAGCUAAUCCUGAAAUUGAAAAUGAUUAUGGAUAUUUUGAAUUGAUGCUAGAGGAGAAAAUAGAUGAAAUGUUGGAUGUUCUCCCACAAUCUUCAGAACUAGUAAAUCAAAGACACGCUUGGAAAGUUGGAAUACUUACAAAUUCCCUUGAUAUGUUAGAGCAGUUGCAUAGUUUUUCGGACAGACCCUCUUUUAGGCAACGAGUCAGGAAUAAGUUUAACCGAAAAUUUGCUAAAGAAUUAGAAUUAGAGCAAUGCUUUUUAUUACAGCAGGGAUUUUUGGCUGAAAUGGCAGACGCAUACAUUCUAGAAACAAAUUAUAAAGAAAAAGAUGAAGUGAAAGCCAAUAUUUAUAAGAAAAGAUUGAUGAAGAAAGUUGAUAACCUAGCUAACCAUUUAGCUAAAGAACACAGUGUUGGCUUUAGAUUUUUUGACAAAGACCAACUGACUCAUAUUGCUAUGAAAGUAUUAGAACAAGUACCAAAACCUGGAGAUGAAAUUCUGCAAGAAGAAGCAGAAGAAAUACAAUUGGGAGAUGAAGUAGAGAAAUGGUACAAAGACUUGCCAACGAAACCUCUAGUCAAUGAUACUGAUGGAGUAUUAAGGAAAAGAAUGAUGGAUUUACUAGCAAAAAAGUUGUACGACAUACAUAAACGUUUCAAAGAUGACGAAUCGCUUAAAGAAAUGAAAAUGAAGCAUGAAAUCAGUAUGUUCCUUGAAAAACGAGCACAAUUACAAGGUGGCCAAGAUUUAAAUAUAAACGCAAUGGUGGACGAUCUAAAUGAUAGAUUAAAAAACAGAUGGUUGAAAGAACCACAAGAUUACGAAGAGUUUGAAAGAGGUCGGCCUAUUAGUUCUUCUUAUGCGCAAGUUAAUAAUAGAGACAUUUCUUGUUCGUCAACGGAAGCUGGCACUUGUACAGGAGGACCACCGCAAGACGAGGAAUAUUUCAUAAGACCUGUACAGCAAAUACAAAAUAUGAAUUCAGUUCAUUCACCAUCUGGUGCUAGUUAUUAUAGCAGACAAGAACAAAGUGGAAGACAGAGUUAUGGGCCUAUUUAUGUGCAAAAUCCUAGUUACGCAAAUGAAUCUCCUAAAGGCAAUACGUAUGCUAGUAAUUUGAGCACAAACCACGCCCCUCAAUCUGUUCCCAGGUAUAACACAGAUCCAAGACAUUCACUUCCUCCUUAUGCAACUUGUGCUGGUCCAGAGACAUGCUUUCCUCCACCAAGGGGCUCCUAUAGCAUGCAGGAACAUCGCGGAAGUAUAAUGAGAACAAACAAUAAUUAUGGUCCUAACCAAUAUGCACCAAAGCAUGUAACUCUACCAAAUACACAAAGACCAAACUUGUCACAGAUACCUGGUACGUCAGGCCAAGGCCAAGCAUAUGUGUCACAUCAGAAUCCUAAUUUAUCUCAGAAUGUAGCCAACAAUGUGCCUAAUAGACACGGGAUAAUCCGGAGCAAUCAGAUGUCGCCACCAAGAAAUGGUAAUGUGAGUCAACAGCAAAGUCAAAGUCCACAUAUACAUGGGCCUCCAAGACAGAACCCUAAUAUGUUGCAAGUUCCAAAUUACCAGAGGCCUAGUCAAGGAACUCCUACAGCUCGCUAUGGGUCUCCAGGCAAUCAGGGUCCAUCAAGCCAGGGUGGCGCCACUGCCGAUGGAGAAGAUGAUAAUGGCGAAUAUAGAUGUAGAUGUUUGGGGUUAUUCCGUCCGAGACGUAUGUGUUUUGAUCAGCACAGUGAAAUGUAUCAUCCAUGUCCUCGAUAA